UUAUGAAUUAAAGUUGGAGAUAAAAGUUUGAGAAAGAUAUAUAGUAUCCUAGACAUCCUAUGGCUCAUAAAAAUGGUAAUGUAGUUUUUCAAUAUUAAAAGGUGGUGUUCAUAUGAAUUAAGAGGACGAUACCAAGCUUUUUUAGAUUGCAGGAGCUAUGAUAAAAUAAAUUGGUUCAAAAAUAGCCAAAGGAGAUUUUAAUUUAGCUACAAUUACAAAACCCAUAUGUUUAACAGCUCCUAAAACAGCUAAUGAAUGCUUGACAUUGUAUAUUGUUCAUUUAUAUGCAAAAAAGCGAUCAUGACUAUGCUCACCUCUAUCUUACAGAAGCAGCUAAAUGUAAGGAUCCUCUAUAAAGAAUGAUAAUGGUAGUAACAAAUGAAAUUGCUUAUCUUCAUGGAACACAUACUUAUUUGAGGUCAUUAGCACCCAUAGAUCCUAUGAUUGGAGAAACAUGUCAAAAAGUAAAGGAAGAUGGUACUGCGUUUUAUUGUGAAUUUAUAAAGUCUGAUCCUCCAACAACAUUAUAUUAAAUUUAUGGUGAUGGUUGGUAAAUCUAUGGUUCAGAAGAGGUUUUGGCAGAAAUCCAUCCAACUUUUACAUAGAUUAUUGGUAAAAAUCUUAAACCAAAAUACAUAAAAUUUGCAGAUGGAAAAUUAUAUGAAAUAAAAGUACCUGGAAUGAUUAUCAAUGGAUUAAUGAAAGGAGAUCGAAUUUUAAAUAAAUUGGAUAGUUUCACAAUAAAAUGUGUAUAAGAUAAAUUAGUAGCUUAAAUAAAUUUCAGUUAUGUGUAUGAAGGUAGUGCUUAGAAAAUAAAAAAUAAAUUAAUGUUCUGGUCUUAACAAUAGAAACCACUUUCAGAUUUAGUUGAUGUGAAAAUAAAUAAAUUAAUUAAUGUAAUAAUAUUAUUAAAAAGACUGAUGAUGAUGAUGAAGAUUAAGUAUUCACUUUAGCAAAAGGAUCAGGAUCAUGGUUGUCUCAUUUUGAGAUGGAUGGUGAAGUAUUAUGGAGAAUAGAUGAUCCCAUAUUACCAUGGAAAGAACCAUCUUAUAUACUACCAAGUGAUUCAAUAUUUAGAGAAGAUAAAGCAUUAAUGUUGAAGGGUGAUGAUGAAGCAGCUUAAAUGUAUUAAUUAUAUUAUAUAUAUAGUUCUCGUAAUAAGAUUGAAGAGCUUGGAUAAAAAGAUUAAAAUUUAAGAAAAAAGAGGAAAUGAG